CACCACGAGAUGGAGAUGGGUAGACAGAUGGAUGUUGGAGCUUUGGAGACGGGAUUUCUGGCUGCAUUAGCAGUGUUUUCCUUUAUCUUAAUAGUGAUUGGUUAUGUGUGUUAUAAGCUGAGAAUUCACUACAAGUUUCUGUACAAGUUAGAUGAGCAUUCAACAAAACAUGGAGGUGAGCUGGUUGCUGAAGUAUUAAAAGCACAUGGAGUCAAAUACGUGUUUACAUUGGUAGGAGGACAUAUUUCUCCAAUCCUUGUUGCCAGCCAGAACAAUGGGAUAAAAGUUAUAGACACUAGACAUGAGGUAACGGCAGUGUUUGCUGCAGAUGCAGUAGCAAGACUCUCAGGAGUAGUAGGAGUUGCUGCUGUCACUGCAGGACCAGGUCUUACAAACACAGUUACAGCAGUCAAGAAUGCUCAAAUGGCAGAAUCACCAUUGUUACUGAUCGGAGGAGCUGCUGCGACACUCUUGAAAGGAAGAGGUGCUCUGCAAGACAUAGAUCAGAUGUCUCUGUUCAAACCUUUGUGCAAGUUUUGUGCUACUGUUACAAGGGUUGCAGAUAUAAUUCCAGUCCUACGUACAGCACUCAGAGAAGCACAAUCUGGAACUCCAGGGCCCGUUUUUGUUGAAUUCCCAAUUGAUACUCUUUAUCCAUAUUCACUUGUAAAAAGGGAAUCUGGUAUCAAGGAAAACCCAAGGGGAUUUGUACAAUUUGUGAUCAACUGGUAUAUUUCUAACCAUCUACAUUGUCUAUUUGCUGGUGCCUGGGACCAACAAGAAGUCAAACCACUGCCUGUUCAUAUCCCUCUGCCACAACAUUCACAAGCGAUGGAGUGUGUGAAGCUAGUAUCAAAGUCCAAGAAGCCAGUCAUUCUUCUUGGUAGCCAAGCAACGCUACCACCAAUUCCAGCAGACAGGCUUAGAGACUCCUUAGAGGCUUUGGGUAUUCCAUGUUUUCUUGGAGGAAUGUCUCGUGGUAUGUUAGGCAGAAACAGCCCUCUCCACAUCAGGCAACGAAGACGUGACGCUCUUAAAGAAGCUGAUCUUGUUAUACUUGCAGGUACCGUGUGUGACUUUAGGCUGUCUUAUGGACGAGUUCUGAGCAAGAAGUCCAAGGUCAUUGCCGUCAAUAGGAACCACUCUCAGCUUUAUAAGAAUUCCGACAUGUUUUGGAAGCCAUCCAUAGCAAUCCAGG